AUAAUUGUUGAGGACACAUUUUUUAUAAAAGCAAAUGUUGCGGCUAUUUUGUAGGCCAUCCUCAAAACUUGUUCAUACUCUACUAAAAUCCAACUCCCAUUACAACUACCACAAAUCCAGCAAAUGUCGUGGCCAUCCUCUAAACUUGUUAAUUUUCUACUAAAACCCAACUUCUAUCAUCCCCAUUACAACUACCACAAAUCCAGUCUUGUAUUAGAAGACACAUUUUUACCUUUGCUUAAAAAAUGUUGCAACGAAACUCACAUUUAUCAAACUCAUGGCUUCAUGCUACAUCGUGCUUUAGAUGAAGACAACUUCAUUCUCAGCCAAUUCAUUCACAAAUGUUCCGCCCUUGGCUUUGUCAGCUAUGCAUAUUCAAUUUUCACUUCCAACCCAAAUCCAAACAUAUAUCUUUACAAUACUUUGAUCAGUAUUUUCUCUAGACAACAACAUUUAUCUAAAGAUGCAAUUUGCCUUUAUAAACAAGCUCGAACCAUUGGCUUAUAUCAUGAUACUUACUCUAUCCCUUUUGUGUUGAAUGCUGUAACUUGUCUCAUCACCUCUACGCAAAUUCAUUGUGAAGCUAUUUUAACUGGAUUGAACAAUGAUGUACAUGUAGCAACGUCCCUUGUACGGAUAUAUUCUUCUUUUGGGUGCAUUUCUGAUGCACGUAAGGUGUUUGAUGAAAUGCGUAACAAAGAUGUGAGUUUGUGGAAUGCCAUGAUAGCGGGUUAUGUUAAGGCUCAUGAUAUGGACACCGCCAAGUACCUGUUUGUUAAUAUGCUGGAGAAGAAUGUGGUUUCUUGGACUACCAUCAUUGCGGGCUACACUCAGGGGAAUCAGUUUUCUCAGGCUAUAGGUGUCUUCAGGAAAAUGAUGAGUGUGGAGGUUAGUGCUAAGCCUGAUGAAGUAACCAUGUUAGUUGCACUUUCAGCUUGUGCCCACUUGGGUGAGCAUGAGUUGGGUGAAUGGAUCCAUAGUUAUAUUAUAAAACACAGGUUUCGUAGAACUGUAUCUCUUAACAAUACACUUAUUGAUAUGUAUGCGAAAUCAGGAAAUGUAAAGAAGGCAGUAGAAUUGUUUGAAAGCAUGGAAAUUAGGAGUGGUGUUACUUGGUCAACGGUGAUUUCUGCAUUGGCUGUCAAUGGAUGUGGAAGAGAAGCAAUUAACAUGUUUUCUCGGAUGGAAAUGGUUGGAAUUAGGCCAAACAGUGUCACCUUUAUAGCACUAUUAUCUGCAUGUAGCCAUGCAGGACUCGUGGAGGAAGGCAGAUUGUAUUUUAAGACAAUGGAAGAAAAUCAUGGUAUUAGUCCUGACAUCAGACACUAUGGUUGCAUGGUUGAUCUUUUUGGGCGUGCUGGUUAUCUCGACGAGGCUGCAAAUAUGGUUAAAAUGAUGCCGUUUGAAGCAAAUGCAGCAAUUUGGGGAUCACUUCUUGCUGCAGCCAGGAACCAAGGUCAUGUUGAACUUGGGGAGCAAGCUCUGCAGCAUCUAACUGAAGUUGAACCACAUAAUAGUGGAAAUUAUUCCCUUGUGUCCAAUACAUAUGCUGCUCUUGGUAGGUGGAGUGAAGCUAGGGUAGCAAGAAAGAUCAUGAGGGACACAGGAGUCCAAAAGUCGCCAGGCGGUAGCUUCAUCAAAGUGAAAGAUAAAAUUUAUUAUUUCUAUUCAGGAGACAGAUCACAUCCUCAAUGUGAGAGAAUAUACAGAGUUCUAUCACACCUAAACAGGGCGUCAAAGACGAUACUGCAUGAAUAUUGGGAAUAUGUAGAGCUGCUUGAUGCUGAUAGCCCUCAAGAGGACCACUUAUAAGACAAGGGGUAGGAUUUUGCAUGACUUCACUGAUUGUUUCAAGGACCUCAAGCU